UGGUUAGGUUUUGUCACAUGACCACAGACCGAUACAGCGGUUCUGAAAAUGCCAAGAUGGCUGCAAGUAAUUAUUAUGGGUUCACACAUGGUGCCGGUCCGCAGUACAGCACGCAGCCUCCCAAUGCAUACUCACACCCCACCUCAGCUAGUUACAGUGUGCAGCCGGUAGCAGGUGUGGCCCAUGCUGUGACUGCCUCCUAUGCCCCAGCUCCCACCCCUCAGGCAGCCCGGCCUGUGGCAUCUGCCCCCUACCCUGGGUACCAGACCCAACCAGCUCCAGAGUACGCCUACCGCCAGCAGGACCCAACGCCUCAGCCCACUACUGUACCACAGACCUACCAAGUCUUCACUGAAGCGGACAACUACACUUAUGGCCGUGCUGCAACCGUUGGCAAUUAUGAAAACAAACAGUACUAUCAGACCACCAUAGCCCCUGCUCAGCGGGCCCCAAGUGACACCUAUUUUCAGCCUGGCCUGAAAAGCGGCUACAGUCCAGUCAGCACAGGCUACACCCAGCCGCCCCCUCAGAGACAGGUGACUGCCUUAAAGCCACUCGCCCCGGCCAGCUCCGUGGCCUCCAGCUACAGCAUCUACCCGGUGUCUACCAGUGUACAGCAGCCCCCCACUCCCAUCUCCACAUACACUCCCAGCUCUUCCUAUAACGUCAAUUCCACAGCUACAUCUUAUUCGGGCAUAAGCUACUCCAGUUAUGAUUCAACUGGCUACACCUCCACCCCUUCCUACUACCAGCCAGCCCAGCUGCCUCCCCCCCAGUCACAGCCUCCUCCUCAGCAGCCACCCCCGCCACAGCAGCCCCCCAAACAGCUGACCAAUUCCUCCUGGAGCAACGCGGGCAGCAACAUGGUCACUGCGCCAGCUGUGUCCUCCUACAAGAAGCCCGUGUUCCACCAGAGCAAGCUGCAGAAACCCAAAGGUCCGCCCAAGCAGCCCCAGCUGCACUACUGUGACAUCUGCAAAAUAAGCUGUGCUGGACCACAGACAUACCGUGAGCACUUAGAAGGCCAGAAGCACAAGAAGAAGGAGGCAAGUCUGAAGUCAGGCAGUCAGCCCAGCAACGGGCCACGUGGUGCCCAGACUCAGCUGCGUUGCGAGUUGUGUGACGUCUCCUGCACUGGAGCAGACGCUUAUGCAGCACACAUACGGGGGGCCAAGCACCAGAAGGUAGUGAAGUUGCACACAAAGCUUGGCAAGCCCAUCCCCUCUACUGAGCCGGUGUUGGUGAACUCUGCUCCAGUCACCACUACAGUGACUGCUGGAAAGCCUACAAAUCCCAGCGUCACGUCUUCCGCUGCUGCUACCACCACUGCUGCUGCUACACCUCCAAAAGCUACUUUACUAAACAACGCCAAGGCCUCAACACCUGCAAAAAGAUCUGUCCCACCCAAAGCACCUAUUGUUGCUAAACCCACCCUGCCUAUCCCGGCAAAGCUGGAGGAGGUCAAACAGACACCGGUCAAAUCAGACGAACACAGUGAUGAUGAUGGGGACAGUGUGGGAGGCCAGGGGGACGUUCAGCCUGUAGGCCACGACUAUGUGGAGGAGGUUCACAAUGAGGAUGGGAAGGUCAUCCGUUUCCACUGCAAGCUCUGCGAAUGCAGCUUUAAUGAUCCCAACGCUAAAGAGAUGCAUCUGAAGGGACGGAGGCACCGCCUGCAGUACAAGAAAAAAGUGAACCCGGAGCUGCCGGUGGAGAUCAAGCCGAGCAACCGCGCGCGGAAGCUGCAGGAGGGCAAGCUGAGGAAGCAGAAGCAGAAGGCCGUGCUGAAGAGACAGCAGGAGGACGAGCAGCGCUGGCACAUGGAGAUGAGGCGCUAUGAGGAAGAGCUGUACUGGAGGAGGCUGGAGGAGGAGCAGAUGUACUGGGGGGAGCAGCGGCGCAGGAUGGGGCCUCCCCCGCUCAUGAGCCGGCCUGGCAUGCCUGUUCCUCCUCUUCUGCCUGUCCGACGGCCUGUAUCCCCAGACGACCGGCACAUCAUGGCCAAACACUCCACCAUCUACCCAGUGGAAGACGAGCUCCAGGCCGUGCAGAGGAUCGUCUCGCACUCAGAGAGGGCCCUCAAGCUGGUCUCCGACUCCCUGCUGGAGGAGGCGGCCUGUGGUGACGACGCUAAAGACGCAGAGCAAGAGAAAGUCGCUGAUCCCCAGGCCCGGAUGCUGAAGGGGGUGAUGCGGGUGGGGAUCUUAGCCAAGGGCCUGCUGCUGCAUGGAGACAAGAACGUCCAGCUCAUUCUCCUGGCUGCCAAGAAGCCCACCUGCUCACUCUUGAAGAUGGUCGCUGAGCAGUUACCCAGUCAGUUAGCGACAUUUUCUGAAGAUCAGUAUGAGGUGCAGGCUCACCCAGACGAAGCCAACAUCGUGAUUUUUUCGAGCAAGGAACCAAAAAUGCAGGUCACCAUCUCUCUUACAUCGCCAGUGAUGAGGGAAGACCCUGCCCCUGCCCCCAACAAGGAGGAACAGGCAGGAGCCAAGGCGGCCGAGAAAGUAGUGACAGAAAAAGACCCACCAGAUGUUCUCAGCAAGAAGAGGUGUUUAGAGUACCUAGCAGCUUUGCGUCAUGCCAAAUGGUUUCAGGCUCGAGCCAAUGGCCUACAGUCCUGUGUGAUCAUCAUCAGGGUGUUGCGUGACCUCUGUCAGCGAGUACCAACCUGGGGAAAGAUUCCAAGCUGGGCUAUGGAGCUGCUGGUCGAGAAGGCCAUUAGUAGUGCCUCAAGUCCUCUGAGUCCAGGAGAGGCCAUGCGCCGAGUCCUAGAAUGCCUCGCUACUGGAACCCUCAUGCCAGAUGGCCCUGGUCUGCUGGACCCCUGUGAGAAAGACCAGACCGACGCUCUGAAUGGUAUGAGCAAACAAGCCAGAGAGGAUAUAACCGCAAGCGCACAGCACGCCUUGCGGCUACUCGCAUUCCGGCAGAUUCACAAAGUCCUUGGCAUGGAUUCCCUGCCGGCAUCGAAGGCUGGUGCCCGGAACCGGAAGAGGCGAAGGGAUGGUAGCGAAGCAGGGGAGGGAGAAGGGGAAGGCAAAAAAGACAAAAAGGAAGAUUUAGAAGAUGCUUGAAAAGCUCUUCAAGGCAAAGUGCAAUUCACUGGCUGGCAUUAGCAUGGUUUAUGCUCUUUCUUUUCCAUAUAUUCUACACAGACACCUUAAAAGACUAGACUGAUGACUGGCCCUCACAUAGGACUGUGGAGGCGGGGAAACACACUGCUGUUUCUCCCUCCUGAAGGUACUGUAAGGUUGACUUUGGUUACACUCAACUGUGAAUGACUGUCACUGAAAUGAAAAGGACAUCAUAGCAUCAUUCCAUGUCCAGGAUAAGUGACAGUGUAGCUGCUGAACAUCCCAAUGAGUAAUCUUGAGUCGACUACUUUUAAUAUUAUUCUAUUACUGACUGUACGUUUAGGUUUAGCCAUUCUCAGAUGUCUUCUCGUGUAUUAAGCAUUAAUCGCACCAAAACCGGCCAGUUCAAGGCUUUUUGUAACGUACUAAAACUACAUUCAUUUGAAGGUCUUGAAAAGAGAUGGGAUUUUGUAAGGAACUUGAACACAUUAAGUAGAAAGCAAGAAGACAAGAAACAAAAAAGACAAGAACAAAUUAAGAUAACAAUUAACAAUCAAUAAACAUUACAUGAUAGAACUUUUAGCUAAAGUAUGCCUGUGUGGUAUUCCAAAAGGAAAAAUAUAAACUGUAUAAAACUAUUAAAAGCACUUUUCCACAUAGUGGGAAGAUGUUCUUUAGGUGUGAGUGUUUGUAAAACAGACACCUGAAUAGUAAGGUUAUACCUUGUGAAAAUAAGAAUGUACACCAAAAGGAACUGAAUACGUUUUUAAGCGAAAUCAUAGGAUUAACAGUGCUGAAGCAGUUACCAUGGUCUCAGUAAUGGGACUUAAGUAUAUUUAGAUUUGUUAAAUUGCACAAUUGAGAGCCAAGCAUGCUGCAAAUAAGGCACUUUCAGAGGGACACGUCUGACUUGAGGUGAGGAACGUAUGCAGUCAGGUUUGCUUUUUAAAGCCCGCCAUUUUAGUGUGGGCCAUCUAAAAGGAAAUGACACGCAUGAACAAGACAGUGGUUAGAUGUCUUGGACGGUGGCUCUCUUCUCAGUGGUAUGACCUGGUCUUACGAGUUUUCUUUCUUUUUGCCUGAUGUGUGUAGGAUGUGUGUGGUCAAUGUGAGUUUUCACACUUUUUUAGGUGUGAAGACUUUGGAAAGUGAAUAUUUCAGUAAAUAAACUUGACACGUACCAUGCAAUAUGGGUGGCUCCAGGCCCUAAAAAGGUGUGAUGACGAACAUGAACAAUUUCCUCAACGGAACAGUGCACUUACGCAUUUUAUUGUCUGUGUGAGGUGUGUGUUUUCACUGUAAUAUUCUUAAUUUACUUUGCCCGUCUGAUUCAUUUUUAUUAUUUUAACCCAUUUUAUUUCCCUUUUAUAGUACUGGUAUACUGUGUUACAAUCAUCUGUUUAACAGAUAUUGUUUAAAAGACUGUGUGGGCGUAUGUAAUUUAAAAGUCUUUGUAGUGUUGCCUAACCAUCACAAUAUUAAAAAUAUGUACGAAACCUAAAA